GUAGCUACUUGGGUCUCACCAUUUCAUAAGAGUUGGCAUUUUGUGAUUGGCGCUUGUGGUUCAUGAAGCAUACCAUCGGCAUUUGACGUUAAUAUUUAAUAAAAUUAGUCUAUCAAGAUGCGCUUUUUAGCGAUAUUUACUGUUUUAGCCCUUACCUUAAGUAUAAACUGUGAUGAAGAUGUCAAAACCGAAGAAAGUGUUCUUGUACUGACAAAGGAUAACUUUGAUGACACUGUUAAAAACAACGCAUUCGUACUUGUCGAAUUCUAUGCUCCAUGGUGUGGACACUGCAAAGCUUUAGCCCCAGAAUACGCAAAAGCAGCCAAACAGUUAGAAGAUGAAAAAUCUGAAAUCAAACUUGCCAAAGUUGAUGCCACUGAAGAAGGCGAUUUGGCUGAGAAAUAUGGUGUUCGAGGAUAUCCAACUUUAAAAUUCUUCCGUAGCGGAAGUGAAAUUGAUUAUACAGGUGGACGCCAAGCUGAUGACAUUAUUACUUGGUUGAAAAAGAAGACUGGACCACCAGCUAAAGAACUGGAAUCUGUUGAUGACGCCAAAGCAUUUGUUGAGGAAAGCCAAGUUGUCGUUAUUGGUUUCUUUAAGGAUCGUGAAUCAGCUGAAGCUAAGGCAUUCUUGUCAACUGCUAACUCUGUUGAUGAUUAUCCAUUUGGUAUCACGAGCAAUGAAGAAGUUUAUAAGAAUUAUGAAGCCAAAUGUGGUUCAGUCAUUCUUUUUAAGAAAUUUGAUGAAGGAAAAGCUGUUUUUGAAGGUGAAGCAACUUCAGAAGAGGCUCUUAAGAAAUUCGUUCAAUCACAAUCGUUGCCCCUUAUGGUAGAAUUCAACCACGAGACUGCACAAAAGAUCUUUGGUGGAGAUAUUAAGAGCCAUUUAUUAUUGUUCCUGUCAAAGGAAGGUGGGCAUUUUGACAGCUAUGUUGAGGGAGCACGGGAGGUUGCAAAAGAAUUCCGCGAUCAAGUACUGUUUGUUACAAUCAACGCUGAUGAAGAAGAUCACCAAAGAAUUUUGGAAUUCUUUGGCAUGAAGAAAGAGGAGGUGCCUGCUAUGAGAUUAAUCAAGUUGGAAGAGGAUAUGGCAAAAUACAAACCAGCUACACCAGACCUUUCAGCAGAAAAUAUUAAAGAAUUCGUAGGAAGCUUUAUUGAAGGCAAAUUGAAGCAACAUUUAUUAUCUCAAGAUCUUCCAGAAGAUUGGGAUAAGAAUCCAGUUAAGGUUUUAGUCAGCUCCAAUUUUGAUGAAGUAGCAUUCAAUUCAGAAAAGGAUGUUCUUGUGGAAUUCUAUGCUCCAUGGUGUGGUCAUUGUAAACAACUUGCUCCUAUUUAUGAUGAAUUGGGUGAAAAAUAUAAGGAUUCUGAAACUGUUGUAAUUGCUAAAAUGGAUGCCACUGUAAAUGAAUUGGAACAUACUAAAAUAACUUCAUUCCCGACAAUUAAAUUGUUCAGCAAAGGAGAAAAUAAGGUAAUUGAUUUCAAUGGCGAGCGAACAUUAGAUGGAUUUGUUAAAUUCUUGGAAUCUGGUGGCUCAUAUGGCGAGGGACCAUCUGAUGAGGCACAAGAAGAAGAUGAAGAUGAUGAUUUGCCACGAAAGGAUGAAUUGUAAAUUUAAGUGUUGUGAUGAGAGACUGCCUUUUAAAUUAAUUGCAAAGUUUUUAAUAAGUUAAACAAGAUAGGUUUCGAUAGAUAUAUUUUAUUGUCUGUAUUAUAUUAUAAUUUUUUUUCUAUUGUACAUUAUUACAUUACAUCAAAAAAAUUCAAUUAUCAUGUCUGUAUUUCUACAUUUGUGUAUGAACAAAAUGUGAUCUAUGUUGAGAUUGCUAUGAAUUUAUAUUUAUUUUGAAGUGUAUAAAUUGUAGUUCAUCACAUUGGAUUCAACAUUCCUGAAAUAUCCAUAUAAGAGUUUACAUGUCUAAUUCUAUGGUUUCUAUUAACAAAUUGUAUUUGUUGGCAUGGAUGUUAUAAGUGAGACAUACUUUAUAAAAUAUAUAUUUAUAAAAAAA